GCUGAAGCCAUUCAACAGACUGCAAGUAAUAUUACAACACUUGAAAAUGUCUAAGCAAACAGAUUUGACAGCUGAAGUGUUGUUGGAGAAGAGAGGAGGUGCAGGAAUCAUAACUUUGAAUAGACCCAAGGUUCUCAAUGCUCUAAGUUUUACUAUGAUCCGACAAAUUUAUCCACAAAUAAAGGCUUGGGAGCAAGAUCCUGAAACUUUUCUAAUAAUUAUAAAGGGAACUGGAGGAAAAGCUUUUUGUGCUGGGGGUGACAUCAAAGUCAUCAGAGAUGCAGGAAAAGUUGGAGACAGACUGACCCAAGAUUUCUUCAGAGAAGAAUAUAUCCUGAACAAUGCCAUUGGCACUUGCAAGAAGCCAUAUGUGGCACUUAUCGAUGGCAUUACAAUGGGAGGGGGAGUUGGUGUCUCAGUCCAUGGACAUUUCCGAGUUGCUACAGAAAAGACAGUUUUUGCAAUGCCAGAAACAGCAAUAGGCCUUUUUCCUGACGUAGGUGGAGGAUAUUUCUUGCCAAGACUACCAGGAAAGAUUGGCUAUUACCUUGCCCUAACAGGAUUUAGGCUGAAAGGAAGAGAUGUGCUAAAAGCUGGCAUCGCGACACAUUUUGUAGAAUCGGAAAAGCUACCUGCCUUAGAGAAAGACCUGAUAGCACUGAAAUCUCCUUCAAAAGAAAAUAUUGCAGACUUACUGAACUCUUACCAUGUGAAGAGCAAAAUUGAUCAAGAAAAGGAGUUUGUACUUGACGAACAUAUGGAGAAGAUUAACAGUCUUUUUUCAGCAAAUAGUAUGGAAGAAAUUGUUGAAAAAUUAAAGCAAGAUGGUUCUCCUUUUGCCAUGAAGCAGCUAGAGACUAUUAAUAAGAUGUCACCUACGUCCUUAAAGAUGACUCUCAGACAGCUCAGAGAAGGAGCUGCCAUGAGCUUACAAGACGUACUCACAAUGGAAUACAGACUGAGCCAAGCAUGCAUGAGAGGCCAUGACUUCUAUGAAGGGGUUCGGGCAGUGCUGAUUGACAAAGACCAGUCCCCCAGAUGGAAGCCAGCUGCCCUAGAAGAAGUCAGCGAUGAGUUUGUGGACAGUUGUUUUAAGCCGUUGGGAAAGAAUGAUCUCAAGUUGUAA